AUGGCCGCUCUCGCCAGCUCCCUCAUUCGCCAGCGCAGGGAGGUCAAGGACCCCCAGGCAAACCGGCAGAUCGCCAGCAAGCGCAAGCCCUGCCCAAAGAGCAACAAGUCGCUCUGCCAGAAGCAGAUCCUCAUACUGAUAUCGAAGGUUCGGCUAUGUGGCAGUCGAGGGAGAAAAAUGGAAAAAAGACCAGAGCCCCAGCUGAAGGGCAUCGUCACGCGGCUUUACUGCAGACACGGCUUCUACCUCCAGAUGCUGCCGGAUGGCACCAUGGAAGGCACAAAGGACGAAAGCAGCUCCUUCUUGCAGUUCAACUUGAUUCCUGUGGGGCUCAGGAUAGUGGCCAUCCAGAGCACCAAGACGGGGCUCUACGUUGCCAUGAACAGCGAGGGCUACCUCUACACUUCGGAACACUUCACGCCCGAAUGUAAGUUUAAGGAGAGCGUGUUUGAGAACUACUACGUCACCUACUCCUCCAUCCUGUACAGACAGACCCAGUCGGGUCGGGCGUGGUACAUCGGCAUCAACCGAGAUGGACAGGUCAUGAAAGGGAACCGUGUCAAGAAGACGAAGGGAGCAGCGCACUUCCUGCCCAAGCUCAUUGAAGUGGCCAUGUACCGGGAGCCCUCUCUACACGACGUUGCCGAGCAGAGUCCGCCCAGGAAAACGCCCAAGACCUCCAGCGAGUCGCCCGUGCUCCAGAACGGCAAGAAGGACCCAAAAUCCAAAACCAAAACAACGUCCUAGCGCUUAGAGACGCAGGUGGGGAGGAGGGAGGGGGGCGGGGACAGGAGAGGACACAGCGGACACCUGAACGCGGUUGUUAGGGCUACCCUAUGCCGCCGACACUGACCCCCUUGAGAACUAUGCGUACCACAAUGCAGUGGUGUAAAGCUGGAGGGAAAAAAAAGAAGGAGCAGAUCUGGGAAGAGUUAAGCUCACACACACACACACACACACACACACACACACACACGCACUCACACACCAGCCCAUCCACCUUCUUAUUGGAUUGUGAUUAUCAAAGCCUGGGAUAUAAAAGCAAUAACUCCACGAAGAGUAUAGCAUGUCAGCGCAGCGUGUUUGACCUGCUGGAAAGGAAGUCCUACACACACCCUCUGGCCAUCUUCAGCGACAUCCUUCCAGCCGACCAAACGUCCUAGCAAAAAGUCUUCCUGGUUCUACCACCAACGGGUGCAACGGUCAACUCUGUCCCUCUGCAGCGCACGCUCUACAACUGGGGUUGGUUUUUUUUUUUUUUUUUUUUUGCCCACAGGGCUCCGUGCUAAUGUUAGCCGCACACGAAGCCAUGCUGAAGCGAGGCAGUCACAGAGACCCUUGCAGACUUUUUGUUCUGCAGCCAUCUGCUCAGUCCACAUCUUCUGUGUGUGUCAGCGACUUUGUGUGAUGGCCUAGAUACUUGUCAGCCCUGUGUGUGUGUGUGUGUGCGUUUGUUUGUGUGUGUGUGUGUGUGUUCCCUUCUUCUUCGAUCCACCUUUGGUACGAUUUGAUUAGUUUGCGACAUGGACUCAAUUUUCCACUCGGCGGCACAAGAAAACCCCUCCCGUCCUCCCUGGCUCUGUUAAUGGAGUCUGGGGCUGAUCAGAAUCUUUCGACCCUUAAACGAGGGGCCAAGCGCUCCCUCGACACAAUGCAUAACCACACACACACACACACACUCAUUAUUACACUGACAUUUACGCGCACACGCAAAGGUGUGUGUACUGUGCGCACACACUUUGGCGUCCCGAUAUCCAUGAGCAACGAUGGCAGAAAAUGAUCUCGCAACUUAACCCACUUAACAUAAUGACAUGCAUUAACAAACACACUCACACACACACGCCGACGUGGUGGUGAGUGUGUGUGCAGGUUGUGGGAGAGAAUGAGGAAAUCAUCAGCGUGAUGGGGUACUGAUGGAGCCUGACGGUGUAGCUUGUGAUUGCACUGCAGGAGCUGUUCUUACUGUGGCUGGCCAAGCAUUGCACAAACCCCCCCCCAACCCCCGAGGCCUGCACAUUAUCUGUGGACCCUCUAUCACUCAAUGUGCUAUUCUCGUCUAAAAAUACAAAAAAACUCAAAUAGUUUUUAAUUGCUACCCCAUCGCUGUCCCCAUGCCAUAAAUAUUCCGUGUAAUGUAUGUACUUAA